AUGACUGAUGUGGAGCCUGUGGUCACAGAUUUUGCAGCAUCAGGACGGGCAGGCCGCCGGAACGCCUUACCGGAUAUUCUGGGCUCUCCCGCUGGUGCUGGGACUUCAGACCUGCCGCACAAACUGGCUGAGCUCUCCAUUUCAGAAGAUGAAGGAGCAGAGAGUGGAGAAGUGCCAUCAUCCAAAGCCUUGCUGGAAAGUCAAGAGGCGGAAGGGAAAAGCAAUGAUUCCUAACACCUAACGACUGCUGGAUUAAUGAAACCCAUCGACAGACUUUCCAGUUUUCCUGUGUCACCUCUUCUGAAGUGUGGUAGCAACUUUAGCAGCACAGACAAGAUUUUGCAUCAUGCUUGUACCUACAUGACAUUAAAGUGGAACUACUGUUUCUUAUACUGCCGUCCUUCAAAACCAAUGUUCUACACAUCCAAAUGGGAAGAGAA